AUGAAUCGAGAGCCGUCGCUCAUUGACCUGGGCGAGCGCGGCGGCGGCCGCGAGACCGCUGCCCGCUGCCCGCCGCGGGCUCGGUUCCGGCGCGGCCCGCGCCCGCCGGAAGUGACGUUCCCGCCGAACAUGGCGGCGCGCGCGCAGGAAGUGCGCAGCUUACCUACCCGGGACGCCGGGCCUCGGCGGCCGCGCGCGGGCCCGCAUGCGCCGCCGCCCGCCACUCGC